UUCAAGUGAAGAAAUGGGCUUACUCUUUUCUUCUUCAAAAACUGUUUUGUUGAAUAUGGUUUGGAGAGGGAGAGAAGAACCGAGAGAGAGAGAGUGAGAGAGAGAAGUCCAACCUUAUGCUGGAAAAAGCUUUGGAGGAAUGGGUUUAAGAGAUCUAAAUGAGGAUAAGAGGGGGAACUCAAGGAAUUAAAAAGAAAUUCAGCCAUGGAAGGUUAAAGGUGGUCAAGCACCGGAGCAAAGUUAGCGGCGUUAGCCUAAUUUCGUUUUGUCAAGCCAACCUACUGUGCCUUACCACGAGGGGCUAUGUCGGAAUUCACAGCUCCGGAUUCAGAGAUUUUCUUUUAAAGCUAGAGCUUCUGCGGGCUAUUGUGGACUCUGGAUUUGAGCAUCCAUCUGAAGCUUCUUGGAUGUCAUAUGUCAAGCGAAAUCUGGGAUGGGAAAAACUGCUGUUUUUGUUCUGUCAACAUUGCAGCAAAUUGAGCCUGUUGCAGAUCUGCCAUGAGUUUGAGAGGUUCAGCACUUAUUUUCCAGAUAUCAAGGUUGCUAUUUUCCAUGGCGGUGUCAAUAUCAAAAUUCACAAGGACCUACUGAAGAAUGAAUGCCCUCACAUUGAUGUUGGAACACUUGGAAGAAUACUGGCACUUGCUAGAGAAAAGGAUCUUUCUCUGAGGAAUAAUAUUGUUGAAUAUCUAUAAAAAUGUAGAGCUUUCUUCCAAUGCUUAAUAAUGAACUCCCUCAUCAGAGGAAUUCAACUCGCAAGCAACAGUUCAGUAAGUUGAGGAACCUGAUGCUUAUGUAAUGAUCAGGCAAAUCAUUUGAUUAGCUCAUGUUUCGCUUCAGAAAUUCAUCUACUUCUGCUUCUUGCUCUCCAUGCCUUGGAGAUUUUGUUAAAUUACUAACCUGAACCACUUUAGGCCAAUUCAAAUUACAAAGAGGCAUUGCUGUCAGGUAGUUUGAAGAAAACAGAGCUUUGAGUGUCAGACUAGAAUCUUUGUUGUCUUGUGUAACUAUCCUGACAUUCAAAUCUCUACCAGAAGUGUUUGUUUCUAUAAGCCAGCCAACAACAACUGUGCAAUCAGCAAAAGCUCCUACUUGCUACCCAAAGCCUUAAUUUGAGCAUUGCACUAGCACAUCAGUGUGCAGACAAAGCUUUUGCAUUGAGGACUGGACUGGCUUGAAGACCUUGGACAGAGCUGGGAGAGUCAAGUACAUCAGUGUGUCCGGAAAUCAUAUCAAAAUGUCCAAAAAUGAUAUGAUAAAGUAUAUUGUCCCUUACUUGAAGAAGGGGUUUAGGCGUCUAAAGAGGGUCGAUGAAGUUCAGAAGUUAAGUAAACAAAGGUUGUUGGGGAGGGAGGGAUAAUCCUGCAGUAAUGCAAAGCCACACAAAAGCGCAAAAUUUAACAUCCGUCACACAUCAGCUGAAUUUAUAAUUGAAGGAUGAGUUUUAGUCAAUGAGUUUUUUUGAGAGCAGCCUGAUUAGAUAUUAAUUUUGUUUAAUCCUCUGUUAUGUAUGGAAUUAUAUUUUUGAGAUUGGAUUAUACUUGAUUUGUAUAGAAUUUUUUUUGGAAAUAUUAA